AUGCUACUAUUUCACCAACAUUACCAUCAGCAACAACAACAAGAUCAACAACAACAACAACGCCUGGGAAAUGCUGCUGCUCACAGCUUGAGUCCAAGUGGAAGCCAGAAUCCACCCAGCAAUAGUCCCAACACCAUUAACUUUAACAGCAUUCGUCAGAACGGAGUGGCUGCUCUUCACUAUCUCCAGGAGCAACUCCAACUCCAAUCGCCGCCUCCCUUCCAGCAGCAACAGCAGAGGAGUAGUCAGAACCAGAACCAGAACCAGAAUCAGAGUUCGAGCAACGGUGGCAGCUUGCUGGCCAUCAGCAAUCACACCAAUGGCCAUCACAGCACCGCCAACAACACCAGUAGCCAUAACAACAACUACAACGGCAAUUACAACAGCAGCGGGUAUAGCAACAACGGUGCCUGUGGCAGCUUCAUGAACAAUUCUGGCCAUGGCGGUGGUUAUUCCAACAACUUCACCAACAACUCGUCGCAUCUUGACCUGGGAUUCGGCCCGAUGACCACCUCCGAACGAGAGCUGCACAAGCAGACCCUCAAGUUGCAAGAGUUGCACAUUAGUAGCAGCUACAACAACAGCAACAGCAAUUCCAACACCAACAACACCACAACGGCGACUCUGACUUCAACAACAACAUCAUCCACAUCGACAUCCACAACAUCCACAAACCCCACAAACACUGGCUUCCUUUGGCGUACAUAG